UUUUGGGGGUUUUACUCUCUAACGUAACAUCGCGAUCGACCCCCCCCCCCUCCCCCUCCCUCCCUCCCUCCCUCCUACCCCUCCUGUCCCCCCGUGUCCCGGAACCUCUUUCCGCAGUCGGCUCCCGAUGAUGAUCAGCAAAGUAAAGAACGCGAUGUCCACUCUGGUGGGAGGGAUGGUGCCGCACCACCACCACCACCAGCACCAGCACAACCAGCACCCGGCCGGCGGCCAGGCGUGCGCAGCGGACAGCCUGCCGCCGCGCUUCCCCUACGGCCGCCCGGACUUCUUGGACCUCACCCCGGAGCUCCUGCAGUACUCCACGGAGCACGCGUCACGGCCGGUGCUCACGGUGAAGAGAGACAGCAGGCUUCCGUGGCGGACGGGAUACGCGGAGGUGAUCAAUGCGGGGAAGAGCAUGCUGAACGAGGACCAGGCGUCCUGUGAGAAGGUGUUCGUGAAGAAGCCGAGCGGCAAACACCGCAACUCGUCCAUGCUGGAGGACAACGGGGAUGGCACAGGAAUCCCUCUCCAUUUCUGGGGCGUGUUUGAUGGACACGCUGGUUCUGGAGCCGCCAUCAUGGCCUCCAAGCUUCUACACCGCCUCAUCAGAGACCGCUUGGGAGAAGUCUGUCACCUGCUGGAGAACCCCAACUGUGCACCGCCCAUCUGCCUCGCCAAGAAUGGGAGCCCGUACCAGGCGGACACCAAGAAGGGGGCCGCGCAGGAGACAGAGGACCCCGAUGCAGUCACCGACUCCUCCGUGCGCUUUCACAUGGAGAAGGUUGUCAGUCUGCAGAGCCUGGUGAUGGGAGUCAUAGAGACCGCAUUCACCCAGAUGGAUAACCUAAUUGAAAAGGAAAAAGCAUCAUAUGCCAUCUCUGGUGGAUGUUGUGCCUUAGCUGCCAUUCAUUUAAUGGGGAAACUCUACGUGGCCAAUGCCGGAGACAGCAGGGCCAUAAUCAUCCGAAAUAAGGAAGUUAUUCCCAUGACGAAUGAAUUCACACCGGAGUCCGAGAGACAGCGGCUACAGUAUCUGGGCUUCCUGAGGCCAGAGCUCCUGGGCAAUGAGUUCACCAGCAUCGAGUUCCCCCGUAGGAUCCAGCACAGCGAGCUGGGCAAGAAGAUGCUCUACAGAGACCACACCAUGACCGGCUGGGCUUAUAAGACGAUUGUUGAAGAUGAUCUGAAAUUCCCUCUGAUAUACGGAGAGGGUAAAAAGGCACGCGUCAUGGCGACGAUCGGAGUGACCCGAGGGCUGGGAGACCAUGAGCUGAAGGUGUACAACUCCAACAUCUACAUCAAGCCCUUCCUCUCGUGCGCCCCCGAGGUGAAGGUGUAUGACAUGGAAGAAAACCAGCACGGCCCAGACGACGUCUUGGUCAUGGGCACGGACGGAUUGUGGGACGUGACGACGGACCGGGAAGUGGCGGACGCCGUGUCGUCCUACUUGUCCGGCUGUGACCCCUCGGAUCCAAUGAGGUACACCCUGGCGGCCCAGGACCUGCUGAUGAGGUCACGGGGUGUACUGAAGGAGCGCGGCUGGCGGCUGCCCAACGAGCGACUGGGCUCGGGGGACGACAUCACCGUGUUUGUCGUCCCGCUGGCGAGGCCGGAGUCCGAGACAUGACGGGGGCGUCGACCUCCCUGCUUGCUCCCUGAGCAAUGGACCGCCGGAGGGGGGGGGCGGCGGGAGAUGAAAGCACCUUCGCCAUAGGGGAGGCGCGGGUCCGACCGGCACCUCCCAUCAAGGCGGUCCAACCCGCGUCAUUUGGGUUUGUCUCUGUUAUGUAGCAAAGUAUUUUCAGUGACAUCAUACGAGAAGUCACCCCCCCCCCUCCCCCCCCUUCCUCCCAGACCCUCCCGCCUGGUUGUUGGCGGCCGCCGGACAGAAUCGAACCUCUUGUGGUAUUUUUGUUUCCUGUUUGGACCGCUCAUCAGUUCCUUUGAUUGGAUUGAUCAUUUUCAUGUCAUACCAUGACUGCGACUCCCUUUUGUAAAAAAAAAAUUAAAAAAAAGAAAUAGAAGAGAAAAAAAAGAGCCGGGAUUGCAGCAACGAAUGUGAGGAAACCAAACAGAUAAAACAGAUUUAAAAAAGGCGAAUCAAUAGAUUAUUGUCUGUACAUUAAAACCGCAUGUGGGAAAUGGAAGGGACCUUUGUUUUAGCACUGGACUCCCGUUGGGUCUGUAUUGCCGCACUGAGGUGCCGAUGAAUGACGUUGCACAUGCUACGUGUUAGCCUGUUGGUUUGUGAUAUCUGCCCUAUUGAAUGGGCUUCAAUAGGUUUUUGUUUUAUUUUUGUCUUUACAAUAAAAAGGGUUUUGCUUGUGUUCAGUAAAAAAUUAUAUGAAGCAAAAGGAUAAUUUUCUUGAUGUAACCAUGUUUUUUUUUUACUUUCUGAGGAGAAAGUAAUUUGUUAUCAGUAAAUGUUUAUAAUAAUAAUAAGGUAUAAUAAGGUGAUAAACUUCACACAUAUGCCUUACUAAGAGAUUUAAGUUUUCCCCCCUCAGAUGCACUAAACGUGAUAUUUGUAAAAGAACAUUGUUUGCCCUUAAAUAUACUGAAUACCUCUUUUUUAUCAUUAUUGUUGUUAUUUAGACUAGCCAUAUAUUUUUGAAGACGACAUGGUUGUAAGCAGUAUCAGAAUUUUAUUUUUAUGUUUCUACCCAUUAAGUGUGUAUUUAGAGAGACGAUGUGUCCUAGUAUAUGAGGUAAAGGGAUAAUGUGUACCAGCUUGGAAAUAAAUCAGAUUUUUCCCAUUU